AUGAGAUACGAGUUUGUAAACGAGUUCGAGGUAGAUCAUGCUUCUGCAGCUGAUGUUUGGGCAAUCUAUAGCUCCCCUAACUUCCCUACUUUAACCGUUCAACUAGUUCCAAAUGUCCUAAAAAGCAAGGAUAUCCUAGAAGGUGAUGGUCAUAAUGUUGGUACUGUUCUGCGUGUUGUGCUCCUUCCAGGACAUGGUUUACCGGUGUGCAAGGAGAAAUAUGUAACUGUUGAUCACGAAAAGCGUUUUAAGGAGAUACAAACGAUUGAAGGUGGAUACUUGGAACUGGGAUGUAAUUUUUCCAUGUUAAGCUUCGAGAUACUAGCAAAGGAAGGAAAUUCCUGCGUCAUCAAGACAGUUACUAAGUACGAAAUAGAUGAUGACCUAGCUACUAGUGUUUCUGGUCAUCUUCACACCUAUCUUGAUACAUGUGUUACCAUAGCUCGAGCAGUUUCAAAACGUAUUGCCGAGCAAGGCGCAAGAGCCGCUAAUUAA